AUGUCUUGCUUGCCUCAUACCUUCGUUGCCAGAUAUUCAAUACUCUUCCCCUCACGAAGAUGUUUGGCAACAGCUGCGGAACCAGCCAAGUCUACCCCAUCACCACCACCCCCUCCAGCGUCGACCUCCAAAGAUCCAACGAUAAACCGCAUCGUUGACGAUAUUUCCGGUUUGACUCUCCUCCAGGCUGCUGAUCUUGUCACACUCCUCAAGUCGCGCCUCAAUAUCCAAGAAAUCGCCAUGCCGGCCGCCGCGCCUGUCGCAGCAGCACCCGUGGCUGCCGCUGAAGAACCUGAAGCAGAGAAACCCAAGGAGAAGACCGUGUUCAACGUCAAGCUCGAGUCUUUCGAUGCUGGGUCUAAACCAAAGGUCAUUCGGGAGGUCAAAGCACUGGUGCCAAAUCUUACUCUCAUAGACGCCAAGAAAUUCGUGGAAUCACUACCCAAGGUACUCAAGGAGAACUUGCCGAAGGAGGAGGCAGAAAAACUCAAAGCCACUUUCGAGGCUCUGGGCUCAGUUGUCACGUUGGACUAAAACCAUUGUCCUGCUCAGGAGAUUUAUACACCGAUAUAAAAUCACAAAAUCGCGCGUCCGUCUCAUUUGUUGUGAGAUACAAUGAGGUUGAUAUAUAUGUCAAACAUGAAUAAAGCACCUUGGCCUAAAAGGUCAAGAAAAGUGAAGAAUCGCGAUCACUCUUCUGAGAG